CCUCCACUGCUCCCCAUUCAAAUGCAACAACAUUAAUUGUUUGUUUCCUUUGUACUUGCAUGCUUUAACUGAAAAACCUGUGGUUUCAUCGGCAAUCUGUCGGAGGGAUUCAGGUUUCGGGUGGCCUUUUUUUCUGUUCUUGACAUGGAGAACUUCGCCGGCGACCGGGACUUGCAGAGCCUGAUAACUGAGCUGGCGAAUGGGAGGGAGGCUGCUACGCAGCUCCAGAUGAUCCUUAAUGCUCCUUCACCGUUUUCUUCGGAAACUCGGGAGUUGUUGGUUCAUAAUGUCCUGGCUUCCUACGACAAGGCGCUCGGCAUGCUCAACUACUCGCCGGAGAGCACUCAGGUCCAGCCGGCGGCGGCGGCUGGACCUGCAUUUGGAAUGGAAUCUCCGUCUUCGUUUACUGGCAGUCCUCAUAGCGAGGAUUCUGACCGCGAGCAUGAUGGGUCUCGGAAGAGAAAUGCGCCGCGUUGGACGCAAAAGGUUCAGGUUUGUCCCGGGUCGGGGCUUGAAGGGCACCUUGAUGAUGGGUAUAGUUGGAGAAAGUAUGGGCAGAAAGACAUUCUUGGAGCAAGAUAUCCCAGAGGCUAUUACAGAUGCACUUAUAGGCAUGCCCAGGGCUGUUUGGCUACCAAACAGGUUCAGAGAUCCGAUGAGGAUCCGACCAUUUUUGACAUAACUUACCGUGGAAGGCACACCUGCAACCAGGGCGGCGGCAACCCAAAUCCGCCGCAGCCACCGCAAAUCCCGCCGCAAAAUCAAGAACCAACGGAGAGCCAACGGGGUAUUAGCCCGUUCAGCCAACAAGGCCAGCCAUCGGAAACUCUCUUGAGUUUCUGCAGACAACUCAGAGUUGAAACCAGCAAUUUGGACAACACUCACCAAGAGAAUCAGCAGCUCACUUACUUAUACAGCUUCCCUUCAAGCUCCGACCAGAGUUACAGUUUCCGGCCACCGUCGGUGCUGGACGGCGGCAACUUUUCAUGGAGCAUUUCGCCUUCCUUUGGCUCCCCUGCUUCCACCUCUGAGUCCAGCGACUUUGGCCGUCGUCCCCGGCAGACAACAACGGAAGCUCAGCCGACUAGCACUACCAACACCGGGAUUAUUCCGGCAGUUUCAGCCGCGAAUUCCCCCGCCGUUGAUCCGGGAUUCGCUUUUGGCACACUGGGUUUCGACUCAAACUUCACCUUUGAUAGCCAUGGAUUCUUUCCAAACCACUAAAUAAAAGCUGCACUAAAUUAAACAAUCAUAUCCCUGCAUGCAAUGCAUCUUUGGAUCAUUGACAGCUGGGAUGAAACUUAGUCCUCGUUGCAGAGAUGGAUGAUGAAGAAAGUUCAAUGCAAUUUAGCAGCAGUUACUUAGUCUAUGCUUAACCAAUUCAGUUGAUUCUUGACUCUUGAAGCUCAUUGUUGGACUUUUUGUUUUCUUUUGUUUCUGUUUUUGUUUUUGGUCUGGUUCAAGUGACCUGUAAUACUGUAGAAGUGGAAUAGUAAAGUGAUACUGUCCAAACUUAUCCUGUGAA